UAAGGGUCGUCUUGACAACGAUGAUAGAGUACCAUGAGGUCCAGGCAGAGAGCUAGAAUGACUAUGAAAUAAUUGAAGAGGAAGAGAGUACUUGCAGCUGCAUGUGAGGUGCCUCACUGCCACUCUCCGAGUCUCAUUUGAACCAUUUGCGUGGAAAGUUCAGACUGACCGCUGCCAGAUCACAACCAGAGAAGCAGACCGAAAAUGAAGGGGGAGAAGAGAUAAGAGAAGCUCUAAAUGUGUCCUGGAGAAUGAAUACUAAGAAGAAGGUACCUUUAAGGGAGCAAAAUAAGAAAACCAAAGGAGGAAUAGAGAUGAAUGGUUCUUUUCCACAUUUUUCCAUAUGCUUCACUUUUGGGGAGAGCCUGACCUGAGCCAGGGUCAUGUGGCUACGAGAGCGUCUGGUCCUUACCCCGCUACUGCUACUACUGCUACCGUUCCCAGCCCCUGCCCGAACCCUGGAGCCCUCUGCUCAGGAUGUCAGUCUGAGCGUGGACUGGCUCACUCGCUAUGGCUACCUUCCUCCACCGCACCCUGCUCAGGCUCAGCUGCAGAGCCCAGAACAGCUCCGGGACGCAAUCAAAAUCAUGCAGAGGUUUGCUGGGUUGAAGGAAACCGGCCUCAUGGAUCAGGCCACGUUGGCCACUAUGAAGAAGCCACGGUGUUCUCUGCCUGAUGUUCUGGGAGUGGCUGGGUUGGUAAGAAAGAAGCGAUAUGCCCUUACAGGCAGCUUCUGGAAGAAGAAGCAGCUGUUCUGGAGGGUUCGCUCCUUCCCACAGGGCUCUGCCCUCACCCAGGACACUGUUCGAAGCCUGAUGCACUAUGCUCUCAAUGCCUGGGGAACUGAGGUGGGGAUGACAUUCCAGGAGGUUGAACCCAGCGGAAGAACAGAGCCAGAGAUCCUCAUCGACUUUGCUCGCGCCUAUCACAAGGACAGCUACCCCUUUGAUGGGCCUGGGGGCACAUUGGCCCAUGCCUUCUUCCCUGGGGACCACCCCAUCUCUGGGGAUACCCACUUUGAUGAUGAGGAAAUCUGGACCUUUGGGGCAAGCGACGGCAGUGGGACAGACCUGUUUGCUGUAGCUGUCCAUGAGUUUGGCCAUGCCUUGGGCUUGGCCCACUCCUCCGCCCCCAACUCCAUCAUGCGACCUUUCUACCAGGGUCCAGCUGGAGACCCCUCAAAGUAUCGACUUCCACCUGAUGACCGAGAAGGGAUCCAACAGCUUUAUGGAAAGGCUCCAAAUAGUCCCCAUCCAGAGCCAACUCAGAAACCUCUGGUUCCUCCACCUCAACCCCCUGAACAGCCUCCAGACAGCCCUUCAGCCCCAGUUCCAGACCGAUGUUCUGGUAACUUUGAUGCUAUCGCCAACAUCCGUGGUGAAAUCUUCUUCUUUAAAGGACCCUGGUUUUGGCGCCUUCAGCCCUCAGGGCAACUGGUGUCCCCUCGACCUGCAAAGCUGCACCGAUUUUGGGAAGGGCUGCCUGAACACGUGGCAACCAUAGAUGCAGCCUAUUCUCGGCCUUCGGAUGGACGCAUCCUGCUUUUCAGCGGACAGAAGUUCUGGGUGUUUCAGGACCGGCAGCUGGAGCCUGGCUCCCCAAAGCUGCUAACUGAAUUGGGCCUUCCCCCUGGGGGAGUUGUGGAUGCUGUUUUCUCUUGGCCCCAAAAUGGGAAGACUUACCUGAUUCAAGGUGAACAGUAUUGGCGUUUUGAUGAGUCCAUCCACAGAGUUGACCCGGGUUACCCCAAGAGUCUGAGCCUAUGGGAGGGAGCACCUUCAGCACCUGAUGAUGUGACUAUUGGCAACAAAGGUGAUACCUACUUCUUCAAGGGUACCGAGUACUGGAGAUUUGCUCCAGGGAGUGUGAUAGCAGAGCACUCCCCCCACCCCAUGGGGCCUGAGUGGUUGGACUGCCCUCCUUCUGCCCCAAGUCCUCGGAUCCCAAGACCUUCCAAGUCUCCCCCAAACUGUCAGUGUGAGCUCAACCAUGCAGGGAGUUUAGGUCCAAGACUUCCUGGCUUUCUCAUCAUCUUCUCUGUGAUUCUCUCUCUCUUCCUGGGCACAAGCAUCUGGUCCUGAAGUGGCCAGUAACUGCACCCCCUACUUUCCCCUCCUCUUCCCUCUUCCUCUAGGGAUAAGUCCUAUGUCUGUCCCUCUUUUUUACUGCCAUGCAAAAAUACUCAGGUCUCUGCAACUCAUGCAGGCAAGUCAUGUCUCCUUACUGGAUCUCAUUUUCUCCAUUUGAAAAAAUGGAUUUAAUGGCCUUUAAGGUGUCUCCUAGUUCUAAAACUAGGAUCCCAUGAACAGGGGAACUUCUGGUAUUCUUUUAGGCUAUUAGAAGCUACCCUACUGAAACCAUAAUCAUGUCUACUUUCCAUGCAAGUAGAAUAAAAGUAUUGUUUCCAAUAUCAAUUUGAAUAUAUAUAGAAAAACUUGUAAAUAAGACAAUACAUCACAAAUUAACAAAAGUGAAAUUAACAGUGGGAAAUCAUUUAACACAUUGAAAGAAAAAACAGUUGAAGAGAAUUUCAUUUGAGAAUAAAAACUGAGAGAUUUUUUAAGUUUGUUCUUACCUGAA